AUGGGCCUCAUCGAGAAGUUCCUGCCGCGCGAGGACCGCACUGCGGCCUUGAUGCUCUAUGGAAUGGUCUGGGCUUUGUGUUUCAAUGGCUACGACGCCGGCAUCAUGACCGUCAUCCUCGCAGACAAACAAUUCACUGAAUACUACAACAUGACACCCAACCGUCAGGGCAUCGUUUCGACAGCGCCCUGGGCGACAACCGGUCUGGCCCAGCUCCUCCUCGGCGGAACGUUAGCUAGCAUGGUCGGACGACUGUGGGCUCUCCGAAUCAGCAUCGUCUUCAUGUGCCUAGGCGUCAUGGUACAAGUUGUGCCCAAUACAUUCGGCGUUCUCAUCCUUGGGCGAUUGAUGACUGGCUUGGGCUUUGGAUGCAACUACAUCGCGACAAACCUCUACGUCAGCGAAUGUUCACCAAGAGCAUUGCGUGGGUCAUUCGUUGGGACCGUCUCGCAGUUCGGGUAUCAACUGGGAACAUUGAUUGCUUUCUGGGCUGGAUACGGGAUGUCGUUCCAUUCGUCGCCAUACAACAUUGCAUGGCGAGUGUCGAAUGUGAUACAGAUCCCUAUUGGGCUGUUCUUCGUGGCGCUUUCGUUCUUCUAUCCCGAGAGCCCACGGUGGUUACUCGAGAAGCAUCCCGACGAGCCUGAACGCGCAUUGAAAACGCUGGCUCGCAUUCGUUCGGGCCAGCCGACAGAAGACCGCAUUCAGAUCGAAUUUCACGAAAUGGUCGCCUCCUAUGAAUACCGCAAGCGUUACGAGCCUGGCUACCUCGGACUGUUCAAGAGUAAGGCAAUGCUGAAACGCCUCUGUUAUGGCUUCUACGCCAUGAGCCUUCAGCAGUUCGGUGGCAUCGCUGCGGUGACAAUGUACGCCACUUUGAUCUACCAAUCUCUGGGAUGGGAUAAAGGACACCAGGCGCUGGCCAUAAAUGGCAUUCAGUCGGUCUUGCAGCUCUUCAUUGUCCUGGUGAACACUUUCACCGUCGACAAGUAUGGACGUAAGCAGCUGUUGAUCUGGGGAUUCGCCGUUCAAUCGACAGCGCUUUUGAUCUUGUCCAGCCUGACGACCGCUUUCCCAUCCAAUGGAAACAGAGGCGCAGCUAUCGUGGAGAUCGCGAUGCUCUUCAUCGUUGGUCUGACGUACUGCUGGUCCAACGGCCCAGUGCCGCCAGCCAUCGCAUCAGAGAUCUUUCCGUCCCAUGUGCGAGACAAGGCAUUCGGCAUCUCGUUGCUCGGACAAACUAUAUGCCUUAUCGCCCUUACGCAGCCUUGGCCGCGUUUUAACAACGAAGUUGGCGGGUUGUCGUACUGGCUUCUGUUCUCGUUGAACGUCGUUGCUCUGGUUUCGGUGAUUUUCAUACUGCCAGAGACUAAGGGCAUAUCUUUGGAGCGGAUUGACAAGAUUUUCGGCCAGGUCGAUGCGGUGGAGGCUGGGGAGCAGCAGGAGGCUAAAGAGAUUGCUCAAGAGGAGAACGCGGCGCUGGGUAAGACCGCGAAGGUUGAGGCGAGUGAGGAGAUAGAGGUUGGGGGACGAUGA